GGUGGUGUUCUUGUGGAGGAUUGCUGUUGUACCCCGCAUCCGCAGGCCACAGCGCGUGCCGUACCAGGAAAGGCCGGCACCGAAACCCGCACGGGGAGUGGAAUCCGGAGAGGAAAAACAGAGACAGCCGCCAUGCAUGUUUGCUGAGGUUCCUCUGCUGACCUAACAAUAACCACGGGUUGGUUGUCUCUCAAGGAAUCGAGCCACAGCCGACAGCGACAGAGAGAGAGAGAGGUCGGCAGCGAAUUGAACGGCAGCAGCAGCAGCAGCAGCAGCAGCAGCAGUAGCACACAAAGGAACAUGACUCAACAAUCAGCAAGCAACUUCCCUCCGGAAGGGGGGGGCGGCAGCAGCAGCAGCAGCAGCAGCAGCAGCAGCAGCAGCAGCAGCAGCAGCAGCAGCAGCCGCAACAAACCGGUCGUCGCUGUCGACCUCGACGAGGUGCUGGGCAUGUUCGUCCUCCAGCUGUGCACCUUCCACAACGACAAGCACGGCACCUCCCUCACCCCGGAGAGCUUCAACAGCUACUACUUCCACGAGGUCUGGGGAGGCACCAGGGCGGAGGCGGACGCCAAGAUGGUCGAGUUCUUCAAGUCUCCCUACUUCCUGGACGGGAUACCCCCCCUGGCCGGCGCCGCAGAGGUCCUCCGGAAGCACUCGCGGAGCCUCAAUUUCUACCUGGUCACCUCCCGACAGGACUCGCUGCAGGCUCACACGAAAAGGUGGAUCGACGCCCAUUACCCCGGAAUAUUCGCCGGGCUCCGGUUCGGCAACCAUUUCUCGACGGAGGGAGCGGUGCGGUCGAAGCCCGACCUCUGCAGGAUGAUCGGCGCCGAGAUGAUUAUCGACGACAACACCACGUAUGCCACAGAGUGUGCCUCUGCCGGGAUCAGGUCGCUGUUGUUCGCUCCACACAUGCCCUCGUCCGAACCUAGCAAGCCACUUGGAAGUCACGAGGGAGCCAAGUCCUGCUCGCAGGUUCUCUUGGCUUUCCUUCAGGUGAACACGUCCAGGAAUCUAGUAUCCGCAGCCGCCGCAGCAGUACUGCUGUACUGACUGUGUAGUAGUAGCAGGAAAUCCAGGUUGUACCCAUCCGUUGUCCAUACAAAGAUUUGUGAUUCCGUGAGAGAAGGAGAUACCACCGCCGUCGAAGGGUCGAAGGCACUGUCUGCCAGAUGUAGGCUGUGAGAUGGAU